GGUAAAGAUGGUAGGCGUCAACAGGAACAUCAGGAGUUUAAGGUCAUCUUCAGCUACAUAGAGAGUUGAGCCUGAUCUCCGCUGCAAGAGCUCCUCAAAAAACGUCCCUUUCAGUGUCUCUGUGGGCACUCCGUCGCCUAUAUUCUCAAUAUUCACUAGCCAUUCAUUGAAUGUUGUGGACACUUCUGUUCUCAUACAGCUGCCACCUGUACUGUGUCAGUGGCUGGGACAUACUUGAGGUUCAAGGUCCUCAGUUCACCCUGUGGACUAGGCAUCCACCCUGACCGCCUUCCGGUCUAGGUGGGGAUAAAACAAUGCAACAUUAGAAAGAUGACACAGAGGCCAAGAUGAAGAUUCCUUUCCGUGCGUGUUUAAUGAAGGCAAGAUGCGUUUGAAAAGACAGAUUCAGUUUUUUGUUUUUUUGUUUUUUUUUGCCAGAGGUGGUCCUGGGUGGAGAAUAGGGCGGGGCAGAGGGUGGAACCUUUCUUUGACUGAAGACUGGUGAGUUCUUUAGGGAGUUUCUGAGGAGGGGGCAGCCUCUGCUUCUUAUAUAAUUAGCAAUAACUAGGGAAAAAAAUCCUUUACUUCUGCAGAGAGCCUAUGUCUGGAAAUGGAGGAUUCCCAAAUGACUUCCAAAGACAAAGACAAGAACUGCAGCAAAGCAAGAGCAGGGUGGGGAAGAGGAAAGUCAAAACCAAGGCAUAAAUUUGCCCAAGAUCACCUGAAGAUUCUUCAACAAUUAUUUGAAAAGGAUCCUUAUCCAAAUUAUUUAACCAAGGAUAAACUGGCAGCGCAGUUCGGGUGCCAAGUGUGCGUGAUCGAGAACUGGUUUCAAAAUAGAAGAUCCAGGCUACCCUCAAAACUGAGAGGCAAAAACUACGACGGUAGGACGACACCGGAGAGCCAAGACAGCGGGCUCCCAGGCCACCAGGGUACCCAGUCUCUGUCUGCCUGUGACACCGCUGGGCAAGUCUGUUCUGUGGAGACCCAGGAAGCUUCUGGAGAACAGGUUGAUUCACCGGACUCCAUGGUCCAAAGCGUUAGAAUGAGAUCGAGUGCCUGCCCUGUGUGCUACCAAGGUGCCGGUGGGAGCGGAUCUUCUUUCAGCCUCGGAACAACAAACUUUACUCCUCCCCCGAUGUGUGAGCAGUCUGCUAUGGGCAACUGGAUCAAGACAUGGUACAGCCAGAGUUCCACAUCCUCUGUCUUUGGCUAUGUUCCUAGGAGUGGGCAGGGGCAGAUGGAUAGUAAGUAUUCCUGGCUAUUUCCGAAACAGCAGCAGAAUAACUGGGGACAUCAGCAGCAACAGCAGCAGCCUCAGAGCGACCAGGAGACGUCCUUUGCCGACCGGCUUAUGGUGCACCAGAGUCAACAAGACUUAGGGCAGCAGGCGCCCUUCUUCCUGUCAGAGCAUCAGGAGCAUUUCAGACUCAGUGGCGAUGCAGCAGGCUCUCAGAUGCAGCCUGCACAUCUAGCGGGGCAGCAAGGGGCUGCCAACAGCUAUGCAUGUGCCUCAGCAGGAGAGGGGUCCUCUCAACACAUACCCGAAGGUUCCCCAAGGCUGUGCUGGGACCAGCCUGCAAGGCAGGAAUGUUGGGAGCACCGUCAGGUCUAAGGUGGAAUUCAGGAGUCUUAAGAGCUUCUGGGAAAUCCUUAGUACUUAAGAUCCAGCAUCCCCAUGAACGGGUCUCUACAAUUUCCAGGAGGAAAGUUUGUGAAUGUGAAUUGUGGCCUAGCUCUAGCUCUAAGGUUGCGGCCCCCACCCCAUAGACCGGCAGGCAUAUCAAUACUUUUAAUUUCUAUGGACCAGAUUUUAAUUUCUAGGUCCUGGCAGGUGGCAUGCUGCCCCAGGUAAAAGGGAAAGCACUGGCCAGCCUGUCAAGGGAGGGAGAGCAUCAGGACCUCACUAGCCAUCAACAGCCCAGGUGACUUUCUAAUGAGGGUACUUGGCUUUGAUCCUCCUAGGGGUUCCACAGUAGCAAGGCUUGUCAUGUUGCCCAGAGUGUUGCAGCCUCUGGGUCCCUCAAGCUUUUGCACAACUGGACAGAGCCUAGGUAUAUGUUUAGAUGGCUGCUUACCCCAUAUUGGCCUGAUCAGAUUUUAUUUAUUUAUUUAUUCCUUUUUGGUCAUUUGAGACAGGGUUUCUCUGGCUUUGGAGGCUGUCCUGGCACUAGCUUUUGUAGACCAGGCUGGCCUCGAACUCUGAGAUCUGCCUGCCUCUGCCUCCCGAGUGCUGGGAUUAAAGGCAUGCACCACCAAUGCCCGUUGUAAAUAGUUUUCAUAUAUCCUCCCAGAUACUCCCCUGGAAUUUAUUUUUUAAUUUAUUUUAUUUUCAAAUUAACACAAACUUAGGCAUAUCUGGGAAAACGGGAUCUUUUGUUUUGUUUUGUUGUUUAUCUGUUUGGUUGUUUGGUUUGUUGGUUGUUUAAGACAUGAUUUCUCUUAGUAGCCCUGGCUGUUCUGGAACUCACU